AUGGACAUGCCUUUCGAUGUUAGUGAACCUCAAGUUGAAGGACACGACGGCUUUGCCAGAUUCUACUGGAAACAUGACGAACAAUUGCAUCCUUUGAGAAGGAAAAAAGGAAAAGGUGAAGACGCACAUGCUCCCAUGGAAAGAACAAGAUAUGCAUAUGAAAAGUAUCGUGAAGUUAGAAGUCAAAUUACAUCUGGUCGAACCUUUACAGUAAACUUUGACGAAGGAAAGAACAAAGAAGGCUUCAUGGGUGUACUUGCUGCCAUACAAGACGGAAAUAAGAAAGGACACAAUCUCAGAUUGACCAUAACAGAUUUGGAUGGUCACAUUUACUAUGCACAUGGCAAUGUCACAACAGCCGCACAACUUCUUGACGCUUUCAAGACUACAAAGAGAGAACAAAUGGUUGACUCCGACUCAGACAUUUUGAAUGCAAUUGAAGGAAUUGCAAGUGUCAAGUUCGAAUGGUACCAACCUAACCCUCAAGCAGUCAGACAACAUGUUUGUUAG